AUGCCGUCAGCGACAUCCUCUAUCGCCUUCCCCCGGGACGAGCCCGCGUGCCUCUUCCGCGUCUCCCUUGUCUGCAGGACCUGGCACCUCCUCCUCUCCGAACCCAGCUUCCUUCGACGCUACCGUGAGCACCACCGAACAUCCCCCGUGCUCGGCUUUCUCUACAACAAGCGCUUCGUCCCUACCACCGCAGCUGAGCCCCCGCUCCCCCCACCUCCGGUUGACCACUUCAGCUGGGUAGCCCUCGACUGUCGCCACGGCCGUGUGCUCCUCCACACCAUGAAUCCCACAGGCCUCGUCAUCUGGGACCCGAUCACCGGUGACCAGUUGCGCGUGCCUGAAGUGCCCGAUGAACCGUUCAGCCACUUAACCGGAGCAGUCCUCUGCGCAGCGAAUGGAUGCGACCUCACCGACUGCCGCAGGGACCUCUUCUUCGUGGUCUUCGGAGGAACCGCCGACGAAGAAGUCAUGGAGGAUGCCAGUGUCACCUGGGUGAGCGUCUACUCAUCCGAGACCGGAAUAUGGAGCGUGCCAGCUUGGAUUCACCUUGGCCCCAUCUCGAGGUCCCAUGAUGUGAUGGGCCCCAGCCUACUCAUCGGAAACACGCUCCACUUCCUCCUAGAGGAUGGCCGCAGAAUUCUAAAGUACGAAUUGGGCGGCCAUGACUUGUCUGUGAUGAACACGCCACCCUUGCGCGUGGGGAACAUGGCCCUCGUGAUGGUAGAGGACGGCAAGCUAGGAGUCGCCGGUGUGGAGGGCUACAACAUUCACCUGUGGUCGUGGAGGGGCGCUGCGGAGUGGGUGCAAGGCAGGGCCAUCGAGCUGGAUAUGAUGCUCUCCAUGGACAUUGGUGACCCCUCGACCAAACUCCUUGUGGUCGGCUUCUCAGAGGGUGCUAACACCAUUUUCAUAAGUGCAAACGCCGGGAUCUUCGCUGUUGAGUUGAAAUCUGACCGGAUCAGGAAGAUAAGCGGGAGCGGGGACUUCGACGCCAUCAUUCCCUACGCAAGCUUCUACAGUCCUGGUACUAGCAUCAAGCUCAUCUAUAUGUUUCCUCAGCUGUGAUUUCUGAAAUUGGCAUCUUUAUUUGGCUAGAAUGUUCAUAGUAUUUCAGUCUUGUAAGUGUCUAUCUCAGUUCAGUGACACAAAGUUAUGGAUUAAAAUGGUGCCUGUGAAACUGAAGGACUGCAAUCUCACAUGCUGCUAGUCACCACUAGUCCCAACCUUAUUUUUGCUUGGUUC